AAGCCAAGGAAGGAAUCCGAGUUUCGGUGUUUAUUAUACAUUUCUCAUCUUCAACCUCUUGCCCUCUUCUCCGUCUCUCUCUUCCAUCGCCAUCUUCGUCCUUCUUAAUAUAUUAGUACAACACCAAUGUCUUCUUCUUCCAACAGACCUAUUCUCUUACCUCUGAUCAUGUUCCUCACAGCAUGUGUCCUGUGUUUCUUGGCGGCUCCUUCCGUUGCGGAACUCGAACACCUUCGCCACCUCCCCAGCAAACCCGACAACUCGCUGAGCUUUCUCGUCGUCGGAGAUUGGGGCAGAAGAGGCUUUUACAAUCAAACUUCCGUCGCCCAUCAGAUGGGAAUGGUGGGGGAGAAACUGGAUAUAGAUUUUGUGAUAUCGACUGGGGAUAAUUUCUACGAAGAUGGCCUGAAAGGAGUGCACGAUCCUGCCUUCUAUGAUUCAUUUGUCAACAUCUACACUGCCCCAAGCUUGCACAAACCUUGGUACUCUGUUUUGGGCAACCAUGACUAUAGGGGUGAUGUUGAGGCACAAUUAAGUCCCAUUCUCAGGCAUAAAGACUGCAGAUGGAUUUGCAUGAGGUCUUUCAUACUUAAUGCAGAAAUCGUGGACUUUUUCUUCGUGGACACAACUCCGUUUGACGAUUCCUACUUCACGGGGCCAGGAGAGCAAGGCUAUGACUGGACCGGUGUGCUUCCUCGCCAAGCUUACCUUUCUAAUCUCUUGAAGGAAGUGGACUCAGCUCUUAAGAAUUCUAAGGCUACAUGGAAAUUGGUGAUUGGUCAUCAUACAAUCAAGAGUGCCGGGCAUCAUGGAAAUACACAAGAGCUCGAGGCGAAGCUCGUCCCAAUCCUUGAGGCAAAUGAGGUUGAUGCGUACAUAAAUGGACAUGAUCACUGCUUGGAGCAUAUAAUUGACUCAGGAAGUGGGAUUCAAUACUUGACGAGUGGAGGGGGAUCAAAGGCAUGGAGGGGAGAUGUCAAGCCUUGGAGCCCAGAGGAGUUGAAGCUUUAUUACGAAGGUCAAGGAUUCUUGUCCGUGCAAAUCACCCAGAGCAAGGCAUACCUUGUAUUCUAUGAUGUUUUUGGUAAGGUAUUACACAAAUGGACCGUCUCCAAGAACCUUAACCCAUUAGCUUAGAAAGAGACCGCUGUUUGAAAAGAACUGAUCCAGUAUUCGGAAGGCAGAAAAUAAGAAAAGUAGUGUUCAGGAAUAAAAUGAGAAAUAUCUCUCUUUGUUUAAGUACAUUCAUCAUUUCCUUUUUAAAAAAUAUUUUUCCAUGUGCCCAACAUGUAUUUAAUAAGUUUAGAUUACGGUAGUUGUAAGUUAGUUCCCCCAUGUCUGCAAGACUGCAAGACGUUCACUCAACAUCAUGAGAGUAUUUGCCAUUAAUCUGUAUGCACGACACUGCAUUUUAUUUUAUUUGAAUAAUUAAUAAAAUCUCAGGAGAUAUUUUGAGUUGA